AUGCCGUCUCUGCCUAUACAUGUGCAGCUGUUCGUCGCUAACAAGGAGCAGCCACCUGAGAUCACCAGCAUACUGCGCGCCAACAGAAGCAAGCUCCUGAGGUUCCUGAAAGACUUCACCACCGUGGAGAAAGACGAUAAGAAGUUCGAGGCCGACAAAGCUACGGUCAUCUCGGAGAUCCUAGCGCUAGCUGAAAAGCAGUAG